CCUCUGUCAUUUGUUUGGGUUUAUUAGUGUGUUACUUAGUGGCGAUGGCGAUAUUUACAAAAUGAAUAUUAACAAACACUUCGGACACAGGCGGGGUAUUACAACACGACAAGUACAGUUAUGCUAUUAUUUUGUCUUUCUUGUUGGUACAUAUUUUUAUAUGUUAACGGUAGCGAAUGUUGGUGGCCUCGUUCUUCUAACGUGGAAUUAUGGUUACAGGUUUUCUCUUAGUUUGUCAUCUAUUAUGUUAGUUAGUCGUUAAACGACGUUUUCGCCGUACAGUAAUUGCUUUGAGUCGGUACAAUGGCAGUAGCCGUUUUAGGAGCGAGAGCGGUUCUUCUCAACAUGAGGUCCAAUCUCCAUAGAGGAAACUUUUUUGGUCGAACCAGACUCAUCCAGACUUCCAGGUCAUCCUGUCUGCUCAAGAGGAGGCAGCUUCUGAUCAACAUCCCCAAGGUUGCUUUGCUGUGUUGGGGCACAGCCAGUGCAUCCUCGGCCAAAUGCCAACAAGCCUCUCUGCAAGCCCACAUCACCAACAGGAAGUCUCUUGCCAAGGUUCAAGUGCACAAACUGGUCUUUCUCCUCCGCCUGGGCCUGCGUGCAAUAGUGCUGUUCCUGAAAUUCUCCCCCAUCCUGCUCCUCUACCCCUUGGUUCUGGUGUCUACUCGCUGGGCCUCGUGCUGGUUGGACGCCCUGCUGUGGGCGACCGAAAGUUCAGGCCCGGCCUUUAUUAAGCUGGGGCAAUGGGCCAGCACCAGGCGAGACAUCUUCCCUCCAGAGUUCUGCGACCGCUUCUCCAGGCUCCAUGUGAAGGUGCAUCCUCAUUCCUGGGCCCACACCAAGCAGUGUCUCAAGAGGGCUUUCGGGGAGGGCUGGAAGAAGGUGCUCAUGUUCGAGAGCAAGGAGCCGGUGGGCUCGGGGUGCGUGGCGCAGGUUUACCGCGGCUGGGCCAACAAGGAUCAGGUGGAGGACCCGGACUUCCAGACGCUGGUAGAGGAGAUGGAGAGGGAGGAUCUCCGGGAAGCGUGGGAGAUUCCUGGUCUGAGUGGAGUGGCAAGUUCGGUGUGGAAUCUCUGGAAGGGAGGAAGGAAGGAAGAUGAAGAGACGCUGCAUGAGCAGAACACCUCACAGAAGGAUCACAUGAUACCUGUGGCUAUUAAGGUGCUCCAUCCAGGCUUGAGACGGCAGGUGGAGAUGGACUUGCUACUGAUGAAGGUCGCUAGCUGGCUACUGCACUGCCUGCCUGGACUCAAGUGGCUCAGCCUGCGUGAGAUCGUCGACGAGUUUGAGAAGCUCAUGACCAAACAGAUCGACCUCCGUUACGAGGCCAAGAACAUUGAACACUUCCGCGAGAAUUUCCGCAAGGUGGACUACGUGAAGUUCCCCACUCCCUUACGGCCUUUCGUCACCAGGACGAUUCUAGUCGAAACAUUUGAAGUGAGUACGCAAGCACGUACUGCAAAGACAGUUAUUCCACCUCGAAACAAUCUUGCCGAGUUGUCUUUCUCCGUCAUUCAGGAGAGUGAGCCCAUCUCGGAUUACCUGAGAGCUGACAUGCCUCAGGAGGUGAAACAAAGGAUUGCCAGAAUGGGAGUCGACACCCUGUUAAAAAUGGUUUUUGUGGAUAACUUCGUCCACGCGGAUCUCCAUCCGGGCAACAUCCUGGUGCAGCGUUGCGGCCCACCCGUCGGCUCCUCAGACGCGCCCGGAGGAGACCGCGGUAAGACCACCCUAACCGACCUGUGGGACACGGUGGUGGUGAGCGUCAGACCCGAGCCGUGUCCUCUCCAACUGGUGCUGCUGGACGCCGGCAUCGUGGCCCAGCUGAACAGCCACGACCUGGACAACUUCAAGGCCGUCUUUACUGCCGUGGUGCAGCGGCAGGGCGAGCAAGUAGCAGAGCUGAUCCUCCAUCACGCUCGGGCCAACGAGUGCCAAGACGUGGCACGCUUCAAGAAGGAGAUGGCGGAGCUGGUGGACGUAGCCCUCAGCAGCACGCUCUCUCUGGGAAAAAUCCAAGUCGCUGACUUGCUUUCCAGAGUCUUUGGCCUACUCAUCAAACACAAGGUGAAGUUGGAGAGUAACUUUGCAUCCAUCGUGUUUGCCAUCAUGGUGCUGGAGGGCCUGGGCCGCUCCUUGGACCCAAACUUGGACAUCCUGGAGCUGGCCAAACCGCUGCUGCUGAAAAACUGUGCCUCACUCGUAUAAACAAACACCAACACAUUCAUUAAUUGACGCUUACAUACCUCAACUAAGUAGGAUUUGAUUGUUAUUGUCUUGUUGACAAUCAAUUAUGGAUUCCUGGAGAAAGUCCAAGGGCUACAAGAGAAAAAACAUUUCUUCAUAGUUUUUAUAAUAUUUUUUUUUUCUGCUACUAAACUUAUAUAUUAGGAUAUUAUGUUUUAUAAUAUAUGAAAAAAAUGAUAUCGUAUGAUGACAACUGUCAUCAUUUCUCUGUAAACAGCUUUACAGCGACCAUGUUCACUCUGUGCGUUGUGGAAAUGCCCACUAACUGCUACCCGCCCUGUUGUUCUUUAUCAUCUUUCUCCUUCAACUUCAGCUUUACAUAUGCUAUGUCUGGCCUGCAGACUGUGUUGUGGUCAUGCCAUCUACUUACCACUAUUAUCUAUUUCAUACUGUAAUAGAUGGGGUACAGCAUCUAUUAGAGUGCAGGCAACUAUUUGAGAAAAUGUGGUAAUGCUGAGUUUUGUCAUGCUUUUAAUGAACUGUGUUUACAUUACGACUGUACUGUAACUAUGUCCUUUAAGAUCGUUUUAUAUUUUAGUGUGUGAUGAGACGUAUACACCCAUAAUAAAAGAAG